GACGAUUCAAUAAUCUCAACGAAUUCACUACUGACGGUCCUUCCAAUGUAGACGUUCCAUCAGGUGUCGGUGGCGAUGCGAUUACUGACGAUCCUGUUGUUGAUGCUGGUAGACCAAAAAGGAGUCCCAAGUUUUCCAGCAUGGUUAAGUCACCUUUCAAUCAAAGCGAUGUGAUUAUAUAUCAGACCCUGUCACUUGAUUAUGCUGUGAAGAGAGAUGUUGUAGCAUGCUUGACACCGAACACGCCAAUCUCCGAGGCACUUAUUGAUUUGUGGGCUCGUAUAAUGAACAGCAAUGAGAAGCUCGGGAGUCGUGGCUCAGUAGCGUGUUUCUUUGCAACCACUCGUCCGUGUAAUGAGUAUGUGUUCCCCAUGCACUCUGAUGGUUUUAGUGGGCUGAUUUGUAUUUCCCCAGGCGAUCAGAAAUUAUAUAUAUUGGAUAGCGCCGGCUUCUGUAAAGAUGCCACCAUAAGGAAAUCUGUCUCGUCUAAUGCUACUAUCUUGCGGCAAUCUCUCGCCAAAUACAUGGGACACACGAGUAUGUCAAAAUCUUCAAAAGCAGUCACACUAUCGAUGCCGGACUUUGUCGAUCUGUCGUGGACCGAAGGUGUCGAUGUCGUAGAUGCCGGCGUUGUAACGAUGCGUCACAUGGAGACAUUCAAAGGACGCAUCACGCCACAUUGGAAUCCGGACGUGAAGAGGGCUAACAAGCGACAGAUCGACCUCAUGAGGAGGCGAUAUUGCUACGUCAUUGCAUUUGCUCCAUUCAACAAGUUGAAAAAUGAGAACCUUGCACAAUCAAAUAGGUUCCAGCUGAAGAAAGGAGAUUUCGUGUGA